AUGGGGGACUAUCUGCAGCUCGGCCAUAUGGAGUUGGUACCCCCAGCGGAGAGGGAGUCUGCGGUUCGUUCCUACUUGCCCCAUCAUCCGGUGUUCAAACAAGACGGCAGUGGGAACAUACGCGUUGUUUUCAACGCCUCACAGCUCGACGAGAACGGCGUUUCCUUCAAUUAUUACCUCCAUACAGGACCAAAAUUGCAAGAGGAUAUCGUCAUCAUUCUGAUUCGUUGGAGCUUCUUUCAGUUCGUCUUCACAUGCGAUAUAGUGAAGAUGUUUCGCCAGUUUCGAGUACACCCGGAUGACGCAGACUGGCAGCGCAUAUUCUGGCGCCCUGAUGUUGAAUCACCGGUGGAAGUUUAUAGGCUGACUACGGUGACGUAUGGUACCGCGUGCGCCCCAUUCCUGGCCUGCUGCAGCUUGCGGACGACGAGCAUCACGGCAAAGUCAAGGGUCGCGCCUAUCAAGGUGAUCAGUUUGCCUAAAUUGGAGCUGUGCGGGGCUGUUUUGCUUGCGCGCUUGGUGGUGGUUUUGGCCUGGCUUCAGGGUCAUCCAUCGAAGUGGAAAACGUUUAUCGCAAAUCGGGUGAGUGAGAUAUCAUCGUCUUUGCCAUCGGCAGUAUGGAAACACGUUCGUUCGGCGGACAACCCGGCGGAUCUGGCUACAAGAGGAGAAACGCCAAAAAGCCUUCGCGAAUCGUCGCUUUGGUGGACGGGACCCAGAUGGCUGCGGAAGAAGGAGACUGAGUGGCCGAAUGCAAUGGAAGAAGAAUUUACGACGGAUAUAGAGGCGAAGAAGGCGGAGAUUUGUCUUGGGUUUUCUACUGUACAUCAUCCAAAUUUCGCCGAAUGGUGCCUAAAGUUCUCCUCAGUCGACAAAGUCAUCCGAAUUCUGGCGUACAUCCAUCGAUGGCGAGCCAACGCUAAGCUCGAUCGGGCCGAGUGUAGAACAACGUGGCUGACUGCAGCAGAGUUGGCGUGGGGUAAAAGGACAUUGCUGAGGAUCGUACAGCAGGAAGCAUUCGGGUCAGAGAGUGAGUCAUUGAACUCGAAAAACACCGUGUCCAAUGCCAGCUGUCUACGUAGACUGCUGCCUUUCGUCGAUCAAGACGGGAUUAUCCGCGUCGGUGGAAGAUUGCAGAAUUCCUACCUAUCAGAGGCAGAGAAGCACCCCGUAAUACUGCCCAGCAAACACCACGUCACAGACCUUUUGAUUUGGAAAGCUCAUCUAACCUCGUUACACGGAGGUCCUUCGCUUGUGCAGAGCCAGCUUUCUAGGCAAUACUGGAUUCUUAGGGGAAGAAAUUUCAUACGUGGAGUAGUACGAAGGUGCGUCAAAUGUGCGCGGCAUAGAGCCGCUACACACACGCAGCAGAUGGCCCCCUUGCCCGCGGCCCGCACGAGGCCGGCCAGGCCAUUCAGCUUUACUGGAGUGGAUUAUGCUGGGCCUUUCCUAAUCAAAUCGUCGCCAGGUCGAGGGCAAAAAUCCUACAAGGGCUAUGUGGCUGUUUUCGUGUGUAUGGUCGUCAAGGCGGUACAUCUAGAGGUGGUGUCGGACUAUAUAUCCACCGCGUUUCUGGCAGCAUUUAGACGGUUUGUCGCCCGGCGGAGACUGUGUAAGGUGCUCUAUAGCGACAACGGUACCACUUUUCGCGGCGCAGACACCGAGUUGCGACGCCUCUUCGAUGCCACAUCGAGUUUGAGCCAGCAGGUCGCGGCGGAGGUGGCAAAGGACGGAGUGGAGUGGACGUAUAUCCCGCCUCGCGCACCUAACUUCGGCGGCUUAUGGGAAGCCAACGUGAAGGGAUUCAUUUCACCUUCAGCGUGUUAUUGGCGAAAGGAAGCUGACAUUCGAGGAGUGGACCACCGUAACAGCACAAAUCGAGGCAUGCUUAAACUCGAGGCCGCUGAGUCCGCUUAG